AUAAACGUGAAACGUUGCAGUUGUGUAAGGUGCACAGCGCUGAACACAGUUGAUGAAACACUGAGUCGUGAACAUACGGCUCACUGCAGGGGGAUUACAUUUGUGCAUCUCCAUUCACUGAGGCGGUUUUAGUGAUGUUGCGUUCAGGAGUGCUGCUCCUCCUGCUCGCGGCGUGGCAUCGGUCCGAGGGCCAGAACUCUGAGCCCAUGUUCCGGGUCGUAACACAGACCAUGCUGCCACCUGACAGCGUGCACAACCCCACACAGCUCAACUACGGCAUGGCUGUGACGGACGUGGACGGUGAUGGAGACCUAGAAGUGGUGGUCGCCGGAUACAACGGUCCGAAUCUGGUGCUGAAGUACAACAGCACCCAAAAUAAGCUGGUAAACAUCGCCCUGGACAACAGAGACUCCCCAUACUAUGCACUUAGGGACAGGGCAGGAAAUGCAAUUGGAGUGACCGCCUGCGAUGUGGACGGAGACGGACGUGAAGAGAUCUAUUUCCUCAACACCAACAACGCCUACUCUGGACGGGCUACGUAUUCAGACAAGCUUUUCAAGUUUCGCAACGGUCGCUAUGAAGAUCUGCUCAGCGACGAACUCAACGUCCGCCGGGGAGUCGCCAAUCAAAUGGCUGGACGUUCAGUUGCUUGUGUCGACAGAAAGGGAACAGGUCGGUACUCCAUUUACGUGGCGAACUACGCCCAAGGAAGGGUCGGUCCACACGCCCUCUUAGAAAUGGACGAGAGCGCCAGUGACGUGUCCAACGGCGUCAUUGCCCUGUCCGACGUCGCUGCUCAGGCCGGAGUCAACAAGCUCACAGGUGGUCGCGGUGUGGUCGUUGGCCCAAUCCUCAAUCACAUGAGGUCCGACGUGUUCUGCGACAAUGAGAACGGUGCCAACUUCCUGUUCAAGAACAACGGAGAUGGGACUUUUGUGGACAUGGCCCAACAGGCGGGUGUGGAGGACCGGGCCCAGCAUGGCAGGGGAGUAGCUCUGGCUGACUUCAACGGUGACGGAAAGACAGACAUCGUCUACGGCAACUGGAAUGGCCCACACAGACUCUACCUUCAGACCAGCGACUUCAAGUUCCGCAACAUUGCCAGUACAGAUUUUGCUUCUCCGUCCCCGAUCCGCACCGUCAUCGCUGCCGACUUCGAUAAUGACAAGGAGCUGGAGGUGUUCUUCAACAACAUUGCCUACAGAGGAUACGCACCAAACAGACUGUUCAGGGUGUCAAGAAGAGUUAAUGCAGACCCUUCGAUCCAUGAGCUUUUAGUGGGAGACGCUGCAGAGCCGCAGGGGCGAGGAACGGGUGGAACUGUGACGGACCUGGACGGGGACGGACAGCUGGAUCUGCUGCUGGCUCAUGGGGAGAGCGCCCAGCAGCCAAUCUCAGUCUUUAAGGUCAAACAGGGAGCGUCCAACAAUUGGCUGCGGGUCAUUCCUCGUACCCAGUUUGGGGCGUUUGCUCGUGGUGCCAAGGUUACGGUCUUCACCGCUCAGAGUGGGUCUCUCACACGCAUCAUCGACGGAGGCUCAGGGUACCUGUGUGAGAUGGAGCCUGUCGCCCACUUUGGAUUAGGAACAGACGAGGCGAAAGUCCUGGAGGUCUCCUGGCCAGACGGCACCACCAUGACUCGGGCUCUGGAGGCUGGAGAAAGGAACUCUGUGGUGGAAGUCGCCUACCCCAGGAACGGAGGCGCGUCUGUUCUCGCCAGCGACACGCAGUGUGGGAACGGCUUCACCGUCAGGAAUGGGCGUUGUGAAGCAGGUAUUUGAGGAAAAUUUCAUGAAAAACCAUUAAAGGGUUUCUGUGACCUCCCACAGAGAGUCUGCCUUUGAAUCCUUUCCCUGUGGAUCUGUGCUUUUGAAAAGGCCAUCUUGUUUUCUUACUCUAUGAGUAGUUUCAUUGUUUUAAUUUCUCUUUAUUUUCACUAACUUCUUAUUUUUACUGCACUAAAAAGUUGUUAAAUAAAGUGCUUUAUUUCACUA